GAAACUCAUAGGCAGCCAGGAUGUUUAUAUUAUUACUAUGCUUGGCUCUUGUCACUAAUUCAAGAAUUAGCGUUCAAGCCGAAUCAACAACUCAGACAACGUUAAAUGAUACAAAUGUUAAAAAUACAAAUUCACCAGCAACAAGUCAAAAUGAUGAAACAAUAAAGAAGCCCAGUUUACAACUGAAUCAAAAUAAUUCUGAAGUUAUACUAUCAUUCAAUAAAAACACAACAGCGUUAAUAAAAGAAUUGAAGACAACAGUUGAAAAUCUAAUAGAACAUUUAGAAAAAACGAAAACAACACCAAAACCUCAUCAAUCUAUACAAGAUAGUAUUUAUAAUUAUUUUCCAAAAAUUCUUAGAAAAAGAAGAGCUAUAGAAAAUGUUACCGGCGUUCGGAAUGAUAGUAAUAUGAUUCAUGUUGAUGUGAAAAUGGACAAAGAAAAGAAUGUUGAAAAUGUUACUGAAGCGAACAUCGAGAAAAAUAAUGUAACAGAUGCUGACGACGAUUCAUAUGAUUGGUUGAGUAAUUCUGAUAAUUCUACAGAAGCUAGUAAUACUACAGAAGUUAGUGGAAGAAGAAGUUUCAGCUCUGACAUGGAAAUAGCUAAAGUUGUACGAACAAGACUGCUGUCUUAUGUCCAUGAACAUAUAAGCGAUACUAUGAAUAAAAUCGAUUCACUUAAAAGUGUAAAGAACGCAUACGCUACAAACAACAUUUUUAAUAUAGGAUACAUAAUGGCUAAUAUCGAUCUCAUAGAGAAGAAUUUGAAGAAAUUGAGAGAAGGGAUAAAUGAAAGUAAUAAGGACUGGGCAGAGGCUCACAUUUUAGAUGUGUUUGAUAAAGUGAAGUAUACUAAUAAUGUGAUGACAAGUUUAAUGUCUGCUUUGAAGUCGAUAUUUAAUGCGACGCCGAAUAAUGGAGUUCUUGAAAAUUUACAAGGCGUAUAUGGUAAAUGAAUAGAGAAAUGAAAAUAUGGUCACAAUCUCAUUAUGUUAUUUUAGAAUAAAUGUAUUAACUC